AUGCAUAAAGCUGUCGUUGGAUGCAGUAAGACGGCAACAUCAUCCGUUUUUAAGGACAACGCAAUCCGACGUUCGUGUUCAUUGUUUACUGUUAGCAGGAAAAAUCGAGAAAUCGCAACACCGAAAAACGUCACAUCGUUUAAUAUAUGUAGACAAAUUGGUGCAACGAAAAUUAGUCCAUUGGCUGUCCAGGAGCAGCCGAAAUUCCUGCAAUUGAGUAAUAUUAACCCGAAUUUCGUGGAGAUGGAAUACGCAGUGCGAGGUCCGCUAGUUGUGCGCGCUGGCGAAAUUGAAGAGGAAAUGAAACAUGGUGCCAUCAAACCGUUCGAUUAUGUUAUACGCGCUAAUAUUGGCGAUUGCCAGGCUAUGGGACAAAAGCCGAAUACUUUCUUAAGACAACUAUUGAAUUUAACGUUUUGUCCAGACUUACUUGAUUGCGCCGAGUAUCCGGACGACGUUAAGGAUCGCGCCGAGGAAAUUUUAGAAGCUUGCCAGGGUGGAUCAGUUGGCUCAUAUACGGACUCCGCUGGUUUGGAAGUAGUGCGACGUCAAGUCGCCAAUUAUAUAGAGAGACGUGAUUGUAUAAACUGCGAUUGGCGUAACGUGUAUUUAACGGAUGGUGCUACGUCGGGCAUCAAAAGAAUACUAUCGUUGCUAAAUUGCGAAGUGAAUGGGAAAAAACCUGGCGUUAUGGUGCCGAUACCACAAUACCCACUCUAUUCAGCCACCAUAGCUGAAUAUGGCAUGGAAAAGAUUGGUUAUUAUUUAGAAGAAGAGACAGGAUGGAGUUUAAAUCCGCAAGAACUAAAUCGUGCCAUCAAUGAAUCUAGCAAGAACAGCGUACCCCGUGUUAUUGUUGUUAUCAACCCUGGCAAUCCAACUGGCCAAGUAUUAACGCGUAAUAAUAUUGAAGAAAUUAUUAAGUUUGCCUACAACAACAAACUCUUGAUUAUGGCCGACGAAGUAUAUCAGCCUAACAUUUACGACAAAAAGUCUCAGUUCUUUUCAUUUAAGAAAGUUGUGCACGAUUUGGGACAUCCCUACAAUGGCAUGGAACUAGUUAGCUUUAUGUCCGCUUCGAAAGGUUUCCUGGGCGAAUGCGGUGUGCGUGGCGGGUAUUACGAAAUUAUCAACGUUUGUCCCGAUGUGAAGGCUAUGUUAUGGAAAUCAAUUACCGCCUCGUUAUGCAGUACAACAGCAGGUCAAGUGGCUAUUAGCGCCCUAGUAAAUCCUCCUGAUGAGUCUGAACCUUCAUACGAGCAAUAUGUGAAUGAACGUGACGAUGUUCUGGCAUCUUUAAAAGCAAGGGCUGAGAUAAUAUACGAGAUCUUUAGUAAAUUCGAAGGCGUUCACGUAAAGCCCAUACAGGGUGCGAUGUAUGUUUUCCCGAAAAUCGAAAUUCCUCCCAAGGCUGCGGCCGCCGCCAAAGCAAAAAAUAUGCCAGGUGACACGUUUUACGCCGCGGAACUCUUAGAAAAUACAGGCGUUUGCAUUGUACCGGGAAGUGGUUUCGGUCAAAAGCCAUUUACUAGUCAUUUUCGCAGUACAAUUCUACCCCAGAUACCACUUUUAAAAGAAAUGAUGAAUAGGUUUAAAAAAUUUCACACUGACUUUAUGAAAAAGUACAAGUAA